UCAGUGGUGGUUCUAUUGUAAGUGCUGAGGCAGUAUGGGAUCACGUCACCAUGGCCAACCGGGAGUUGGCGUUUAAAGCAGGAGACGUUAUCAAGGUCCUGGAUGCUUCCAACAAGGACUGGUGGUGGGGUCAGAUCGAUGAUGAAGAAGGAUGGUUUCCUGCCAGCUUCGUGAGGCUAUGGGUAAACCAGGAAGAUGGAGUGGAGGAGGGAACCAGCGACGUGCAGAAUGGCCACUUGGAUCCAAGCGCCGACUGCCUGUGUCUCGGCAGGACCGUUCAGAACCGAGACCAGAUGAGAGCCAACGUCAUCAAUGAAAUCAUGAGCACGGAGCGCCACUACAUCAAGCACCUCAAGGACAUCUGCGAGGGUUACUUAAAGCAGUGCCGGAAGAGGAGGGAUAUGUUCAGUGAUGAACAGCUAAAAAUCAUCUUUGGCAACAUUGAAGAUAUCUACAGAUUCCAGAUGGGUUUUGUCCGGGACCUGGAGAAACAGUACAACAACGAGGACCCCCAUCUCAGCGAAAUCGGACCGUGUUUCCUUGAGCACCAAGAUGGCUUCUGGAUCUAUUCGGAGUACUGUAACAACCAUUUGGAUGCAUGCAUGGAGCUUUCCAAGCUGAUGAAAGACAGCAGGUACCAGCAUUUCUUCGAAGCGUGUCGUCUGUUGCAGCAGAUGAUUGAUAUUGCCAUAGAUGGUUUCCUUCUGACACCAGUGCAGAAGAUCUGCAAAUACCCCCUGCAGCUCGCAGAGCUACUCAAGUACACUGCACAGGAUCACAGUGACUACAGGUAUGUGGCUGCUGCUCUCGCCGUCAUGAGGAACGUGACUCUGCAGAUCAACGAGCGGAAGCGGAGGCUGGAGAACAUUGACAAGAUAGCUCAGUGGCAGGCCUCUGUUCUGGACUGGGAGGGAGAUGAUAUCUUGGACCGCAGCUCAGAGUUGAUCUACACGGGGGAGAUGUCCUGGAUUUACCAGCCUUAUGGACGGAACCAGCAGCGCGUUUUCUUUCUCUUUGAUCACCAGUUGGUUCUCUGCAAGAAGGAUCUGAUAAGGAGAGAUAUUCUGUAUUACAAAGGUCGCAUAGACUUGGAUAAAUAUGAAGUGGUGGAUACAGAAGAUGGGAGAGAUGAUGACUUCAAUGUCAGCAUGAAGAAUGCCUUCAAGCUUCAUAACAAGGAGACUGAGGAAAUGCACUUAUUCUUUACCAAGAAACUGGAGGAUAAGUUACGAUGGAUUAGAGCUUUCAGAGAAGAAAGGAAGAUGGUAAAAGAAGAUGAAAAGAUAGGCUUUGAGAUUUCUGAGAAUCAAAAGCGGCAAGCGGCAAUGACAGUAAAGAAAGUCAGUAAGCAAAAAGGUGUGAGCUACUCCAAGUCGGUUCCUCCAGCCUACCCACCACCCCAGGAUCCAUUAAAUCAGGGACAAUACAUGGUGACAGAUGGCAUAUCCCAGUCCCAGGUCUUCGAGUUCACCGAACCCAGACGCAGCCAGGCACCAUUCUGGCAAAACUUCAGCAGGUUAACACCAUUCAAAAAAUAAUACCUAGAGAGAUGGAGAAUUUUAACUUAAAAGAACUAAAACCUAAAAAAUAAAAAUAAAUAAAAUUAUA